CAAACAAGCUGAGGAGCUUUCAAGGUCCGCUGGCAAUCGGAUACAUCCCGUCUCGUCCUACAGAUGAGAGUAAACAAUGGAACACGUGGCGCAGCGGCUCUCCUGUUUUCCAGGCCGUGACCGCCCGCCUCCCUCACCGCCAUCAUCAUGUCAUGUUUCCACCUGCUGCCCGCUGCUUGUUGGCAAGCAGACGGGUCGCUGCCGUAGCCAUGAAGGACUUCCUGUUGCUCCUCCUGGCCGCGUCAGCAGCGUCCUCCAGGUCUCACGGCACCUGGUGUGAGUUGGGUUGCGACUGUCGUGGGGAUCUGAGGCUCGCCAUCUGCUCGCGGGCCUUCUUCACCCGGCUGCCGGCCAGAGUCCCACCCGCCACCGAGCUGCUUGACCUGUCCGUCAACCGCAUCACGGUCAUCCCCGAGCGCUCCUUCAGCCACAACCGCAAGCUGCGUGUGCUCCUGUUGCAGAACAACAACAUCAGCACGGUGCAGGACGGCGGUUUCUCACAGCUGGAGUUCCUGCAGAAGCUGGACCUAAGCUGGAACCAGAUCUCCACCCUAGGCGAGGGCUUCUCCGUCGGCUUGGGCUUCCUGCGAGAGCUGCAGCUGGCCCACAAUUCACUGAGCAGCCUGGACAGCAGCAGCUUCUCGCAUCUGGACGGCCUGCAGAGGUUGAACCUGAGCAGCAACAGAAUCCAUACCAUCCAGGUGAGAUCAUUUGCCUCCAUGAGCAGCCUGCGGCAGCUUCACCUCCAAUUCAACAAGCUCGGCGCUCUGAGCAGCGGGAUGUUCUCCAUGCUGCGCUCGCUGGAGGUCCUCAACCUGGGCGGCAACCAGAUCAACGAGACACAGGUGGGGGUGUUCAAACCGCUCACCACCAUGACGCUCCUCAAUCUGGCCAACAACCGGCUGACCAGCAUCCACUUCAAGACCUUCUUGAGCAUACACACUUACAGCACCCACAUCCUGCUGGAGGGAAACCCUUGGAACUGCGACUGCGACCUGCAGAGAGUGUUCCGGAAGCUGAGGAGCAUCCAGAGACUCUUCCUGGACGACUACUACAACCUGACAUGCAGGGAGCCCGCAGUGCUGCGCAACUACCGGCUGAUGCAGGUGGAUACGGAGCUGUGCAUCGCCGAGACGGUCACCGUGCUCAUCAUCACCGUCACCGUGGUGAUAACCGUGUUGGCCGCCAUGCUGAUGGGGGAGAGGAAGAGGAAAAAGAAGAAGCGGGGAAGCACUGGACGCAACAGGGAGAACUUUCAGACGAGUCAGACUAUUGACGUUCAUCCUUUUCUUUCCAGCGUAUUAUUUCCUUCGCUAUGUCGCAAUAUUUCCCAAUGAAACAUCUUUUGCUCAGUUUAGAUCUCCUUAAUUUAAAAAAGCUAACAUCUGUUUCAAUAUAUAUUUACUCUUCUAGUUGUGUGUUACACAUUUGGCAUUUAUGAUAAAAGUAUGUUUU